AACUUGUUUCCAAGUUUAGCCUACUGUUCUACACAUUAAUCGCAAGUGCCAGUGACUGAUUUCAUACAUCACUGAAUCGCUCUGAUACAACUCCGCUAUCAGAUCUAUUGUCGCAGGACUGGCAACUUUGUAACUAAAUUAGGGAUACCCCCUCAUUGCUAAUUAGCGCACUGAAUAACAAGGAAACUUCUCCGAGGGAUUGUUUUGGCAGACAGAUUAAGCAUGUGUAUGAUAAUGAUAACGAUAACAGAGAAUUUAGACAGGCUCUGAUGACAAGUGAACACAACCGCCCACUACAAGUUGCCAAAACGCAGACCAAAGAAAUCCAGCGUAGUGGCAAGAAAUGUCAUUCAGGCAAGAUGAAUCGAGUAUCGAAAGCCAUAUUUGUUAGCAAACAUGGCGGAUGACAAGGACACCGUGACACAGCUUAAGGACCUGGCGGAGCUGAAGGAUCAGUUGGAGAAUAUCCAGAGACGUGUGGAGAACGAGGUGCAAGCAGGAAUACCCCAAGGUGGCUCUGUCUUGGCUUCCCCUUUCCUGAAGGGUGCCGUAGCUGGCUAUCUGGUGGCAAAGUUACGCUCGACAGCCAUUUUGGGUGUGUGUCUGGGCAUCUGCACAGGUGCGUUUGUGGCGCAGAACUACCCCAUCCCUGACAUCGAGCAGACCCUGCGGGACUACGCCAACUCCCUGAAGAAAGGCCCCAGCAACUGAGCUGUGGCACCACACUGCUGCCCUCUGCUGGCGAGAGAGGGAAGGGCAGUCAGAUAGACUGCCUCAAUGCUGGACACACAGACUCGUCCAGCAUACCAGGUGCCUUGCCCUCAGAUCCAACCUGGACCGCACUGGACUGGCAGAGUUUACAUUAUUCCUGUGCUCAAUCUAAAUUAGGAUGUUAAUCAUGCAUGUUCCCUGAGACGACUAGAGCCGUGAGUGUGACUGUGAGUGUGACUGUGAGUGUGACUGUGAGUGUGUGUGAGUGAGGAUGGAGGCCGGCUCUGCUGCUUUAACUGUUAAUGUUGCUAUUGCACUAUGGACUGCCACUCGGCGGUGUUGAGAGGUGACCCCUAGGGGAAGCUGUUUUGAGGUUGUUGUCAUAGUAAAUACCCCCUGACCUCUGA